AUGUUCCCCGCCGAGUUAGCCUGUCUCGCUGCGGAGCGAUCCGUGUCCAAAUCCAGUCCACUUGCAUCUCUCAAUCCUUCGUUGAGCGCCGACGGACUCAUCCGCGUCCGCGGACGUCUACGUCACACUCGCCUGCCAGAUUCGACGAAGUAUCCGAUCGUCCUUCGGUCGCAUCCCCUCCUUUCUCUCAUCAUCGAUCAUCACCAUCAUCGCAUGCUACACGGCAGUUCACAACUGACUCUUGCAUCCUUACGAUCCGAAUUCUGGAUUCUCCGCGCACGUACUUGCGUCCGCGCCGUCCUUCAUAAAUGCGUGCGAUGUGUCCGCGAGGCUGCGACCAUUCCAAACGAACUCAUGGGAGAUCUUCCGUCGGCUCGCGUAAACCGCGCGGCGCGACCUUUUUCACACACGGGAGUCGACUAUGCUGGUCCCAUUCUGUUGCGAAGUGCACCCGGGCGCGGACACAAAUCGCAUAAAGCGUACAUCGCCCUGUUCGUAUGCCUCACGACUAAGACUAUCCAUCUUGAAAUCGUGACCGAUUACACUUCCGCAACCUUUAUCGCAGCGUAUCAUCGGUUUGUGUCAAGACGAGAUCUUCCACAGAGGAUGUAUUGCGAUAAUGGCACAACUUUUCAAGGAGCCGAUCGCGAAUUAGCCGAUGCCCAUCGUCGCGCCCUCUGCGAUCCGAAUUUUAUUGAGGCGACCGCUUGCGAAAAAACAUCGUGGCAUUUCCUCCCUCCUGCCGCCCCACAUUUUGGCGGUCUCUGA